CCUCUGUCGGCAGGUACCAGUGCCGCGCGCUCUGAGAGAGAGCUUGUGUCCAGAGUCGGUGGCAGUGAAGCUUCCGUGUGGAGCGAGGAGAGACAGACUGGACAAGAGCUGAUCUGGGUUGACGUGCUUAUGUUGAGUGAGACGUGCCAGUGCUUUGAUAGAAUGUAGUGACAGUGAAGGGAAGGUGUAGAUAGGCGUUCGUUUGCCGUGAGAUAUUUUAGCGUGACACGUGUGCAGCGAAUUGACGUGGUCGCCUCUGAAGUCCGAAGUAUGCAAGAAUUGAGUUGAAGCGAGUCUCUGCACUUCUCCCCAGCUUGGAAGAGUGACUUCCGUCCGUACGUGAUCUGCCUAUCGGACUGCUCGCUGACCUACCUGGCUGCUCUCUGCACCAUCCACCCGUCCCGUGGUCCACCAGUCACUAUGGACGGCCUGGCCACCGCCUCGCGCUACGUACGGACGUUCGAGUUCAGCAGCGCCGGAGAGGCGGGCGCGGCAGUCGACGAGGCGCCGCUGGUACUGCGCGCUCUGGUGCCGGAGGUACUCAACCGCAGCUACGGGCUCUACACGUGGCCGUGCGCGCCCGUGCUGGCCCAAUACGUGUUCCACGAGCGGCGGAGGUUCGCUGGAGCGCACGUGCUGGAGCUGGGAGCCGGCACGGCACUGCCGUCUAUCGUGGCCGCCAAACUGGGAGCGCGUGUGACCGUGACCGACUGCGCUGCGGCGCCGCAGCUGCUGGCCAACUGCCGCCGGGCGCUGGAGCUGAACGCCGUACGUGCCACGGUGCUGGGGCUGAGCUGGGGCCUGGUGAGCCCCGAGCUGCUGCAGCUCCCCCCGCUGCAGUUCAUCCUCGGCUCGGAUGUGUUCUAUGACGAGCCUCUGUUCGAAGAGGUCCUGCGCAGUGUGGCGUUUCUACUGGAGACCAGCCCGCACGCAGAGUUUGUAUUCAGCUACCAGGAGCGGAGCUCGGAGCGUUGCCUGGAGCCGCUGCUGGUCAAGUGGCGGAUGCAGGCGCGGCAGGUACCGCUGGCGGAGUUUGGGGCAGAUGGACCGGCGGUGGCGGGCUCGGAUCUGCCCGGCAACCACAGCAUUCAGCUGUAUGUGGUGACGCUGAAACAGUAGCUUUGUACAGUAGCUUAGCUUUGAAACAGUAGCUUUGCUGAGACAGUAGCUAAGACGGACGGCGGUGAGGUGCUGCUGGGGAGAGAUGUGAAGAAUGUGUCUGUGUCAAUACUGUUGAGUUGGCUUUCCGCGAGUGCAGACAUUGGUAGUGGGUGUGGCCAGCAUUCGAAGCAGAAGUUCGGCUGAUUAUAGUGCAGAUGGCGCUAGCUGUAACGUCGACUCGCCGAAGCCGAGCCAGUGUCGUUAGCUCUGGACAAUGGAGUUGAAAUGUGUGGAUAUGGUGACAUCGUUUUGGUUAGGAUAUGCAAGGAUAUCAUAUGGUGAGUUCUUUGGAAGACGUAACGGUAGGCUGAGGGUAGAUCUGCAGUGUUCGAUUCGGGACCAUAGACUAUUGAACCAUAUCAACUGGCAUUGUAGCUGACCUGAAUCUUCUGAAACUGAUAUUCAGAUAGUUACUGAUGUGACAAGUGCCUUGACUUUGGCUAUUUUUGAGCCAUAACGACUUGUGUAUGUUUGAGGAUGUCUUAAACGCGAACUGUGAACGGAAUCCCCAGUUGUUUUGAUCCGUGACUGAUGUUUGUUCUGUCAAUUCCGAAGUAUUUACUCAUCGACCCAUUCCCUGCAUUUUUGGGGGUGGUGGUUGGCUGAUUUGUGCUAGUUGCUACCAUGUGUUACUUCCGUGUUAUGCCACUAUGAACUACCACGUGCUACCGCAAUGUGGGGCAGUAACAAUGUGCCUUAUAGUGAAUUGACUUCAUCUGUGCCUUUUUACAUAUCGUAGUGACAUACGUGCGCUCCUGUUUUUGCUCUGGUGCUGGAAGCUAGACUCGAGAUUAAAAUGUGCUAGCUUUGUAACUUCAUUGCACUUCUACUUUUCCUAUUCGCUUCGUAGCGUUGUCGAUAGAUUUAGGUGUGAGUAGGCAUUGGGAAGAUUCUUUUACAGCGCUGUUAAGGAUUAAGAUGCGAUUAGGCGAUGUGAAAAUAAUUCGUGAGCUGCUUUUGUUACCAUACCAUCGAUGUAGAAUUCGAAUGACCUGCAGUUUUGUCAUUUUUCACUGCCAAUACAUUAAAAGUUUACUCAA